AAUAAGAGAGAGAAAGAGCAUUGAAGAAAGAGUUAAAAAAAAAAGAUGUCAUCUUGGUUCUCUCUUCCUCUUCCCAAUCCUUUCAAAUCCGACGACGACGACGAUGCCGGCGGCGAAAAACCCUCGUCGCCGGCGGGUGAGAAAAUUUCCGAUCCUAAUUCCUCCAGCAUAAAGGAAGAUUUUUCAGCAAUUUCCCAAACCUUCUCCCACCACCUCCGCGGCGUCGCUUCUUUUCUCGCUCCGCCAUCUCCAACCCAGUCAUCGGAGCAAGUUUCGUCUUCUGAAAAAUUCAGCGGAAUUAGAAACGACUUAGUUGAAAUUGGAGAUAGCUUUAAAUCAGGACUCUCUUUGUUCUCUUCGAACAAAGCUGUUUCAGAGAUUUCAAAGUUAGCUUCUAAUUUUUUACAGUUUAGUGAUGAGUCGCGGAAUGAUCGUGAAACUGAAGAUGAAGAUCGCGGCGACGACGACGAUGAUGAUUACGAAGAGGAAAUUGUGGGCAUUACGGAUGAAGUGGUGGAGUUUGUUAGCACAAUCUCACAGCGGCCUCAGUUGUGGACCGAUUUUCCACUAUCUUUACCCACUGAUUUUACCAUGUCUGAUAGUCAGAAAGAACAUGUGGCGUCUAUUGAGCAGUUUGUGCCUGGUCUUGAUUCCUUGAGGCAGAAGGUUUGCCAUGAAUUAUCUGAUGGGCAAUUUUGGAUGAUCUAUUUUGUUUUAUUGCUUCCAAGGUUGAAUGGGAAUGACCUGGAGCUGUUGUCAACUCCUGAGAUUGUUGAAGUAAGAGAGACGCUUCUGCAGCAGUUGCAAAGUAAGAAAACCCCACAGCCAGAGGCAUCUAAGGAGUCGGAGACUGUUGAUGCAUCUGAGAAGGAUGUCAAGGUCAGUGGACAGCAGCAAGGUUCUGAAAGUAAAUUGGAGGAGAAAAAUAUUUCAGCGGAGACUGCAAAUGCUUCUCAAGAUAAAGACAGUUUGCACGGUGAGAAACCUCAACAGCAGUUAGAAGAUGAAAAGACCAAGACUACAACUUCAUUUGCUGACAAGGACGAGGAGGACGUUUCUUUCAGUGAUCUUGAGGAUGAUGAUACCGAUCUAUCAGAUAGACUGCAAGGAAGCAAGCCUACACAUAGAAAGAGAGUUUCCUCAUCUAGUGAAUCCCAUGAAUGGAUUCAACUAAAUGAGAACUCUAAAGCUCAGGGUAGUCAGCAGAAGGCUGGCCAAUCAAUUCUCCGGGAUAAAGAUUCCGAAGGUGAGGAAUCGAAUGACUGGCUCACCGUUGAUGACAUUGAUUCAGAUAGUUUGGCCACCAAUUGAUUCCUCUGAAAUCUGUAAAUGUUUCUUUUUAGUUCUCUU